UAAAUACCCCCGAUGUGUCCAGACGGCAGCGGUGCUGGUGAGUGGUACAACGAGACUCAGCUUGGUUUGGAAAUUAGAAACGACGACUCAGAUUGACUGAAAUUAAAUGCCACAUAGUUUGACCAAGACUGGCUUUACAGCACUGGAAACCACUUUUAAUUUGAAAAGAGCUGAUUUGAGGAGAAACCCCGUCGGCUGGAGAAGACGCGCCACUGACCAGAAAUAAAGGACACAAAUUGUAAUAAACUCUGUUUUAUUUUUAUUUGAUUUGAUUUUUUUUUUUUUUUUUUUUACCCCACUUGGGUGCAGUUUCCAUUGCAGAAGAUGUGUUCCACUGUGUGUCUGAUCUUUUCACUCCUGUGCGUAAUGAACGCGGCACUCCCCACUCCGCUUGAGUCUGAGGAUAUUGUACCUGUUCGGAUAAACGGAAGAGUCGGCGGCCGUUUUUGGAAGAGAAGCGAGGAGCAUCCGAGAUUUGUCCUCAGCGCCUUUGGCAAGGACUUGACCCUGAAUCUCAUACCAGACACCAGCUUCCUCUCGCCUUCCUUCACCAUACAGCGCAUCAGAGCCAGAGACGUUGCCGCUUUACGCAGCGCUUCAGGUGUCCAACCUGCCGCCGAUCUCCGGAAUUUCAUGAACCAGACGACGGAGAAUGAAGGGCAGCUGAGGAGCUGCUUUUACUCGGGGAGCGUAGGUGACGACCAGCUCUCGGUUGUAUCUGUCAGUUUGUGCUCUGGUAUCUUUGGCUCUUUCAUAACGGAGGGGAACGAGUAUCUAAUUGAGCCCAAACUUCGUGGCGGCGUGGGGCCAGACAUUGCAGAGCAGCUGCAUGUCAUCAAGAGGAGGACAUUCACCAAAAGCCACGGUGUUCCCCUCCUGUUUGAUCACGCGGCGGCGGAAAGCCGAGCGGAGAGGCACAGUGGGGAAAGCUUUACGCACGGCGACGGUGACGCACACAGGGAACCUCGCCGGAGACGCUUUGUUUCCGCGCCACGGUUCAUAGAGACCCUGGUGGUGGCAGACUCAACCAUGACCCACUUCUAUGGAGAUGAAAUAAAGCACUACCUUCUGACCCUGAUGUCGAUGGCUGCCCAGCUUUACAAGCACCCCAGCAUAAAGAACUCAGUAAACAUGGUGCUGGUGAAGAUGGUGGUGGUGGAGGACGCGGAGGUUGGCCCCGAGAUCUCCAGCAACGGCGGUGUGGCUCUGAGGAACUUCUGCUCCUGGCAGCAGCCUUUCAACCCACCAAGCCAGAGGGAUCCACAGCACUAUGACACCGCCAUGCUCUUCACCAGAGAGGACAUCUGUGGACAGAGGAGCUGUGACACGCUGGGCGUGGCCGAUGUUGGGACGAUGUGCGAUCCAAAGAGAAGCUGCUCGGUUAUCGAGGACAACGGGCUGCAAGCUGCGUUCACAGCUGCACAUGAGCUCGGUCAUGUUCUGAGCAUGCCGCAUGACGACUCCAAGACCUGUGAGAGGCUGUUUGGAGAUCUGGGAGGACAUUACCUGAUGGCUCCUCUGUUCGUCAGCCUCAACAAGACUGCGCCUUGGUCUCCCUGCAGCGCUCUCUAUAUCACAGAGUUCUUUGACAACGGCCACGGGGACUGCCUGCUGGAUGUCCCAGAGAGUACCAUGCCGUUACCCAGAGAGCUGCCAGGCACCAAGUACAGCCUGGACCAGCAGUGCCAGCAGAUUUUUGGAGAGGAGUUUGUCCACUGCCCCAACACCUCCGACAGUGAUAUUUGCAGCCAGCUGUGGUGUCAGGAGGACGGGACGUCGAAGUGCUCCUCUAGGAACGGCAGCUUGCCCUGGGCUGACGGCAGUCCUUGUAGUGCCAACGGGACCUGCCUCCACGGGGCGUGCAUGCCAACUCAGGAAGUGAUGCAGCCACUGGUGGUUGUGGAUGGUGGCUGGAGCUUGUGGGGACCGUGGCAGCAGUGCUCCAGGACAUGCGGAGGCGGGGUGGAGUUCUCCUAUAGGGAGUGCACUGACCCCGUGCCUCAGAAUGGAGGGAAGUACUGCGAGGGACAGAGGGUUCAGUACCAGUCCUGCAACACGCAGCCCUGUGACAACAACGAAGGAAAGAGUUUCAGAGAGGAGCAGUGUGAGAAGUACAACAGUCCCAACUACCUGGACUACAACGGGAAUAUGAAACAGUGGAUACCAAAGUACGCUGGUGUUUCUCCCAGAGACAGAUGUAAGCUGUUCUGCAGGGCCAGAGGCAGCAGCGAAUUCAAGGUGUUUGAAUCUAAGGUGAUCGACGGCACAACCUGUGGCCCUGACACCACAUCGGUGUGUGUCCAAGGCCAGUGUGUGAAGGCAGGCUGUGACCAGUUGAUUGGAUCCAACAAGAGACUGGAUAAGUGUGGAGUGUGUGGAGGGAGUGGGCUCACCUGUAGAAAGAUCACUGGAUCCUAUAACAAAGCAAUCUAUGGAUACAGUGACAUUGUCACAAUUCCUGUUGGUGCUACUAAUAUUGACAUCAAACAGCGGAGCCUCAGAGGAAUCAAACACGAUGGAAACUAUCUGGCCAUAAAGAGAGAGAAUGGCGGUUACAUCCUCAAUGGUAAUUUCUCUGUGUCCACGGUGGAGCAGGACAUUCCUGUGUUGGGUGCAGUGCUAAAGUACAGUGGCUCCUCCACGACGCUGGAGAGGAUCCAGAGCUUCAGGCAGCUGAAGGAGGCCAUCACUAUUCAACUCCUGGCCACCGCAGGUGAAGAUAACCUUCCCAAGGUCAAAUAUACCUUCUUCAUCCCCAGAGAUGUGACCUUUAACAAGUCCAAAGAGAGGAAGGGCUCAUUGCCAUCUUUGCAUGUGAUCCAUCCAUUUGGGGUGCCUGACUGGGUAAUGGGGGAAUGGUCUGAGUGCUCCAAGAGCUGCGGCUCCGGAUGGUCUAGGAGGAGCGUUGAAUGCAGAGACAGCGCAGGCUUCCUCUCCAGCCAGUGCGACUACGACCUGAAGCCCUCAGACAUCAGGCCUUGUGGAGAUCUGCCAUGCCCCAUAUGGCAGAUGGGACCUUGGUCCUCCUGCUCACGAACUUGUGGUCAGGGGGAACGCCGUCGCAGCGUCUUUUGCAUAGACUACACUGGGAAGACUGUGGAGCCAGAGAAGUGUGAUCCGAAAAAAAUCCCAGAGCCCGUCUCUGGAGAAUGUCACAACCAAGAGUGCUUAUGAGGAAUAUGAGUACAGUGAACUUUCCCUUUAUGGUCUGACUGCACUCACCAGGGUUACAGAAAGGGCACUCCAGGCACAGGCCCAGAGGCUCAGGGGGUCACGUGUCAGGUACACAAAAUUACCAUAAAGGCACACAGAGAGAGUACAACUAAGUGAGCCCAAAGAGACACAAAGUGACAAAAAAGAGACAUAAAAUGAGAGAUUGAAAGAGUUCAGCUGCAAAAUGAGGUUAAUAUGCAUCACAUCAUUUUGUGUCUCUUUCAGUCUGGGGUCUGGCUUCUAUAUAGGAGGGGUGGGGGGUCUUUUACAUGUCUGUGCCCAGGAGCCUAUUUCCUAGUAACCCGUCCAUGCCACCAACUGGUCACGUCAAGUCACGUCAAGGGCUUUUGUCUGAAUAUUGUUUUGUCAUCUUUUGUUGACACAUUGCAACCACUAUUGAGAAUCGAAACAAUAGAAAUCUACCUCAGGAUGUACAUGUGGUGCCAUGUAUAGAUGCUAGAUGAAGGUGCUGUGUGUAUGUUAUCUCCAGAAACAGAAGUUUUCUAGUCCCACUUAAAACAGACACUAAUUUAGUGGAUGAAGUCUGAUAUAAUUUACAGCAUGUCUUUUUAAGUUAGCUGUCAAUUAAAGUGGGGCUAGAACAAUAGCAUGAAACCUGCUGUCAAACACCAGCACAAUGUAAAUAUACCUCCAGUUGUCCUCCACAGAACUUACCCCCCCGAUAAAGCUUUGAUCGAGCCAUUUACCAGUUAUUAAGGUUAGGUAGGUACAUAAGAUUGACACAUUGGGAUUUUAAGCCUUGGGGAAAUGUGCUCCUGUUUGAUCGCUUCUUUUUUCUACACACAUACCAAAAUGUGAUUUGUGUUGAAUGAUUGUGAUAAAGACGUCUUGUCUUUCUCCCUAAAUAUAACAUUACUGAACUAUGGGAAAACCAUUCAGUGACACUCAAUCUGACAAAACUUUGGACGAGUAUGAGCCUGCAAUCAGAAAAGAUUGUCUCAGUGCCAAACCAGCCUCGCUGAAUUUAUAGAAACUGAUAGAGUUUGAGUUUACACGUUGUGUAAAGUCCAUGACAGAGAAUUUCCCUCUGCCCUGUAGUUUAGCCGGAUCAUUUUCCCAGGUGCGUUAUGAUGCAGAAAAAAAGAAAACGUGGUACAAAAAUCUGCAAUGCAACAAAUGUUUCUUUAGAAUUGUUCUUACUAAGUUAAGUGAUAAGCAUACUAUCUAUCGUGUACAUGAAAAAUAACAUUAAUUUUAUUCAUUUCCAGACUUUCAAUUUGUUAAUGCAUUAUAUGCAAACACUCACCGUUGUUUUCAGACUUUUGUAUGUAUAUUUGAUUUCUUCAUUCCUGUUGUUAAUUUACAGUAUGUUACAAAACAAAAGAGGUGGCGCAUUAGGCCUAUAUCCCUUCAGUGAAGGACCAUACUAUUUUAUUAUUACAGCUUCCUUUUUAAGCUAUUUAUUUUUGUAAAGUUUUUACUUUGGACAUGUAAUUAACAUGGCAGAUGCUGCUGUCUUUGAGAUUUUUGUCUAUAAAAAUGGUCAAAUAAACACAUUUAUG